GAGUCACGUGACAGGCUGACCACUACAACUUCCGGUUUUUCGUCAACUAAAAGAUGUGAAGAUAUGCAAUCGUUGUUUUACACGCCGAGGUUCCCUUUUAACGACAUGAAGACGCCACUGGCCUAUUUUGUUCUCCUGUUAUGCACCGCUGAACGCUUUGAGGCGGCCCCCCCGGGAAGAGUAGCCGAACCGGUGCACGCAGGAAGGUUCUGGCACAUCACCGACCUACAUUUGGACCCCACCUACAACCUGGCGCCGGACCCCACCAAGGUGUGUUUCUCCUCCAAAGGGGUGCCCGCCACCGGUGCCGGUCCAUUUGGGGACUAUGUGUGCGACUCGCCUUACAGUCUCAUCCAGUCGGCCUUCAUGCACAUAAAGAGCCUUGUGCAACCCAAUGACUUCUUCAUUUGGACCGGAGACAGUCCACCUCACGUUCCUGUAAGUGAACUAUCCACGUCAAUGGUGAUCCAGGUGUUGAGCAACUUGACCCAAACAAUCCGACAACACUUCCCGAACGUCACCGUCUUUCCCGCCAUUGGAAACCAUGACUACUGGCCGCAGGAUCAGUUGCCGACGUCCACCAACGACAUCUACAAGGCUGCUGCACGCUUGUGGAAGCCCUGGCUGGAAGACCAAGCACUGGAAACUCUCUCACAAGGGGGUUUCUACACCCAGCUGGUCCGUACGGGCAUUCGAGUAAUAAGCGUGAACAGCAUCCUCUACUACGGUCCCAACCAAGCCACCGUCAACAUGAGCGAUCCGGCGGGACAAUUCGAGUGGCUGGAGGACACACUGGAAAAGGCCGACGCCAACAAGGAGAAGGUGUUUAUAAUAGCUCACGUUCCACUGGGAUUCCUGCCCUUCACCCGGAACUUAACGGCCAUUAGGGAUGAGCCCAACGAGAGGUUACUCAACAUCUGUAGGCGCUACAGUCAUGUGAUUGCCGGACAUUUUUAUGGACACACGCACAAAGACAGUGUCAUGGUGCUCCUCGACCACAAAGGUGAAGCUGUGAACUCUGUGUUUGUAUCUCCGGCGGUAACGCCCAUCAAAAGCUCUUGGGAAACGUACUCAAACAACCCAGCGGUGCGACUGUAUUUCUACGACAAACAAGAUUUUGGCAUUUUGGAUAUCUGGCAAUACUUCCUCAACCUGACCGAAGCUAACCUCAAGCAACGGGCCGACUGGAAGUUGGAGUACGUCAUGACCAAAGCGUUCAGCCUUCCGGACCUGCGACCGGUCAGUCUGCGCCGGCUGGCUCUGCAAUUGUGGGUGCUGCCCAACUCGGCGUUCGACACCUACUUUGCUCACUUCACGGUUGGUUUCGAUGGCUUGCCGCCAUGCCGGGGCGAGUGUAAGCUCCUUCAGUUGUGCGCCAUGCUCUUCAUGGACCAGAGCUCCUACUCGGCUUGUGUGGGAGAGCAACAUCAUCGUCAUUCUCUCGCUAGUGACAUUCUUUGAUUUCCUUUUAAUGCAAUUCAAAGGUGACAAGUUGCUAUUUUUAUAAUGCAGGAUUGAGAUUUUGUACAAUCAGGUUGAUGCUAGCUUGAGAAACAUCAUGCAACAUGACAAAAUAGGGGUUAGGGUCUGUCGAUUAUUGCUA